ACCAGAAAACACUAUGUUCGGCUACGCUUGCGGGACCUGCGCCGCGAUAUUCAGAUCAGAGAACGACCUCAACACACAUCGAGAGGCUCAUAAAAUGGAUACUGAUGACAAAUUGACCAUAGACACACUAGAAGAAAAUCACAACAAAAAUGGAAUCCUUGUUCUAGCCGAUCCUCUCAAUAAAACAAGAACGUUUGCCUGUAUGCAAUGUAAUGCCAAGUUCCAAAGGUUGAACAACUGUCAAAGACACGUGAAGACCCACAUGGCGCCGGUGGACAGCGAAAACCCAGACGACAAGAAAAGAGUAUACAAAUGUAAAAUAUGCUACAGUUUCUUCCACCAUGCUCCCACGCUGUUGAAACAUAUUAUGAAGAGCCAUAUUAAAGUGGAUAAAUAAUUUAAAAAA